AUGGCAAGUGAUGCAAUAAUUGUAUUACCUGGAGAGAUAAUUGUGUACAUUUUGGAAGAUAAACAACUCAGCCUUGCGGAUGUCGUUCAUUUCGGUUUGGCUUGCAAAAAUCUAUAUAAAAUUGUCAAUGGAAGUAAUAAACUUUGGAAAACAAAAUUUUUUCAAAGAUGGCCACUUUUGAAAGAAAUAUAUGAAACAAAUAAGAAACUAGAGCAUCGAAUGAUAAAUUGGAAAGAAGAAAUGAAAAUUAGUCUUACUACCAGAACAACGUUGCUUUGUCAUUUAUUUUCUAUGUCUAGUAAACAUCACAGGAAGCAAGAGUUACCUAAUUCAGAAUUUAAAGACUUAGACCCUUUGUUUUGUCCAAAAGAAAGUGCUCAUCCUUUAGCUUAUUAUUUUCUGUUAGAUGAACUUGAUAGCUUAAUUAAACAUCCUGCUACCAAUUUAACACAUAAAUAUUAUGCUCUCAAAAUUAUUCGAUAUUUAAAACAAACCCAUUUGAAGGAUGAAUGGCAAAAAUUUAUUUCUCUACCACCAAAACAACAGACCUUGGAACGUGGUGCAACUUUUGUAGCUCAAUGGAGUCAACCAGAAAAAAAUGUGUCAUAUCUUGCAAUAUCAUCGAUAUUAGAUAAUAUUGCAGAACAAACUAAAGAAUUGCUGAGAGAACAAUAUCCAAGUCAUUCUAUAUUUUCAGUUCCAAAUGAGAGAUUUAAUUUUUGGAAAAAUAAUAUUAUCGAUGACAAUGAGUGGAAUGUUACAGAGACAAGACAAAUAACAGAUGCAUUAUGCGAAGUAUUAUUUGAAAAGUUAAAAUUCUAUGGAAAUAGUAAAAUGUAUUAUUGGUUGGAAAAAUCAUUUAUAGACCAUUUUCAUUUUAUUGGAUAUUACUACAUAUUUUAUUUUAGUGGACCAGGAUUUAAGGAUACAGAAAAUUUCUAUAUCGAUGUCUUCAAUCACGGUCAAUUUAUAACUAAGGAAAAUUGUCCUAGAAUUGGUGGUAUUUCAAGAUGUCCAAUAGAAAAAUAUAAUGUUCAUGAAGCAGCAACUGCGACAGAGGUAGUAACAAGAAUAGCAAACAAUUUAGAAAUAGCUGCUAGGCAGCAUACUCAUAUAAAUGGUAGGACUGCAAGAUUACGUUCCGUUCUUGAACUCCGAUAUAUGAUACAACCUGAUGCGAACAUAAUUUUACAAUUAGGUCGAAUAUAUAUUUCACAAUAUAUGGAUUUAACUGAACUAGUGAAAAUAUUAGAAAAUAUGCAGCAGGAAGAAGUAAAACCAAAGAGGAGAGUUCCAAGCGUAAAAUAUGCGAUAGGAUUGAUCAUGACACAUAGAAUGCAUGGAUACUUCUGUGUAAUAACAGGAUGGGAUCCACGUUGUAUGGCAUCGACAGAAUGGAUGAAUGAAAUGAACGUAGAUGAAUUAGAUCAGGGUGCAAAUCAACCAUUUUAUAAUAUAUUUGUAGAUGAUGGGUCCUGUCAUUAUGUGGCACAAGAAAAUUUGGUAUUAUCUCCUAAUUCACAAGGCAUAAAUCAUCACGCGAUUGGUAGGUACUUCUACAAGUUUAGCGGUGCUCAUUAUAUACCGAACGAAGAAAAAGCAAGAGAAUAUCCAGAAGAUGAAAGAUUUUGCAACGAAUUACUUGUUACGUAUAUGCAAAAUAGAAUGGCAUAUAAUACUACUUAA